AUGAUUACAAAGUUAGUUUUAAAUGUACUGAACUUCAGUGCGUUGUUCGUUUGUUUGGUGCUGAAGCUCCCGCAGAUCGUGUUGCUGUCGCGGUCUAAGUCCGCCAAAGGAGUCAGUUUAAAAGCCUUGAUUCUGGAGCUAACAGGGUAUAUAGUGUUUGUUACCUAUGAAAACUAUCACGAGUACCCGCCUGCUACCUACAUAGAGUACCCUGCCCUCAUUGCCCAAGACACCAUUCUGUUACUCAUGGUCCUACAUUACAGCGGCAACCUGAGACAGAGCCUCAUCUACAGCGUCGUUUUUGUUGGAGGGUGGCAGCUGUUGACUCUUCAGGACUGGAUCAUUGAUGUAGCCAUGAGUCUUUGCACAGUCAUCAGCGCGAGCAGUAAGUUUGCACAGCUGCAGUGUCUGUGGCAGACCAAAGACUCCGGCCAGGUCAGCGCUCUCACCUGGGCCAUGUCCUCAUACACCUGUCUGGCCCGAAUUUUUACCACUGUUCUCACCACUGGAGAUCUGCAAGUUCUGUUCCGUUUCUUCAUCUUGACGACGCUGAACAGCUGGGUGUUGGCAACUGUCAUCUUCUACAGGCGGAGCAGUCAGAAGCUGGACUGAGCCUCCGAAUUACCGCCAUAAAGACUGUGCCAAGUGGCAGUCAUUCCCGUAAGAACCCUCAGUCUGGGAACCGGUGGACCAAUGUCUGGCCAAAACACCCAACGCCCAGGAGUUGCUGUCUGUCUCACAGGGGGCAAAUUCUACUCCAAAAGCACACUGGGUCCCCUGAUACUAGAUAUGUUUUAUUAUUUCCUCUGUAGUUUUUUUGUUUUGUUUGUUUGUUUUACCAAUUGAAGUGCUUCUAAUAAGACUGUGCUGCUACCUCAUACAAGAGACCACUCCCACAAGGUCAAGCUUUCUCAGGCAAAACUGUGACGACAUUGUUAUAUGAUAAAUUAAGGACACGCUGUUGGAGGUAUGUGGAAGGUGGUGCCAUGUCUACCUCCACCUUCACCGGGCUGACUAAAGUCGCAGCAGAAGAACCAUCAAAAAAUGAGACAGGAGAUUUUGUGUGUUGGAGAUUUUUCCAGUUAAGACCAGCAGUAACACUUCCUCUCCGCAAUUCGAUGUGUCUCACAAAAACCUCAUUAUUUUGAAAAACCUCAUUUCUAUGCACCAUUUUCUAUGCACCAAGUCAUUUUUAUGCAUCAUUGCAUAAUGUGCUCAAAUACUAUGCUACGUGUUAAAAGUGCUGAAAUUAUGUCAUAUGAUAGAUAUGAUAGAUUGCACAUGUGUGUAGAAGGUCGGUUUUCAAUUACCGUGUGAUAAGAUACUCAUGUUUCAUAAAAAUUGUACAGAAUUCAUUUUACGAUAAUAUAUAAAAGAGUGUUUGUGCAGUUUUUGCCUGAAACUUUUUCC